UUUCAAACAAACUCCCACCUGCAAAGACACCACUCUCUAAUUAUCUAGCUAUAUCUCUUUUUGUCAAACACACAUACACACACAUGCAACACACAGGCACAUCCACACACUGUGGAUGUGCUGUGUGUGUUUUUGCCUGAUGGUUUUCCAAUGAGGCGUUUCUUUGGGCGGGCGUUGGAGCGACUGGUGUUUCUGUCUAAAAACCUCAAACUGAGUAAAUGCAGGAAACCGAAGAAGAAGCUCAGAAGUGGGAAAACCAAACCAUCGGUGAUCCUGACGGUUUACCUCAAUGACACCCAACAGAUGCUAACUGAGGUCCCAGUUACUCCAGCAACCAGAGUGGUCGACGUGGUUGAAUACUGCAAAGAGGCUGGCGAGGGGGAGUGUCAUUUAGCUGAAGUAUGGAAUGGACACGAGCGAGUUCUCCCUCAGGAGUUGUUAUUGUUGGAUCUCCUUCAGCAGUGGGGGGCCAGAAGGCCUGAGGUCAGCUUCUACCUCAGACACUGCCCCUCCUGGGCACAAGGAAGUCAGCAGCCUUUGGAGCAGAGCUGGACCUCGGAAGCAGCAGAGAGCACUAAUGACAGGGUUCCCCGUGUGGAGCUGACCCUCUCUGAGCUCCAGGAAAUGGCCACGAGACAACAGCAACAAAUAGAGGCUCAGCAACAGAUGCUGGUCGCCAAGGAGCAGAGGCUGAGGUAUCUUCAGCAGGGGGGCAGAUCUAACCAGGGUCAGACACAGUCUGAAGCUGAGAAGCUGCAGCGGCUGAAGGAGCGAGUGGAGACCCAGGAGGCAAAGCUGAAGAAGAUCCGAGCCAUGAGAGGACAAGUCGACUACAGUAAACUGAUCAACGGAAACCUCUCUGCAGAGAUCGACCAUGUCAGCAGCCUGUUUCAGGAGAAGCAGGCGGAGCUGCAGUCUGCAGUGAUCAGAGUCGACCAGUUGACUCAACAGUUGGAGGAUUUGAGGAGAGGGCGCCUUCAGUUACACUCAGUUGCACCAGCUCAGGGGGCACCCACUGGGUCCCAUGGUGCUACCACUGGUCAGAAAGGAUCACCCUUGUCUGGUCCAGCAGCCCUAGAGCUGAGGAAACUCUACCAGGAGCUGCAGGCCCGCAACCGUCAUAAUCUGGAGCAGAGCAGCAAGCUGGCCCAGAACAAAGAGCUGCUGAACAAGAGGAACGCCCAGGUGACAGUGAUGGAUCAACGCAUCGGAGACCUGAGAGAACGACUGCAUAAAAAGAGAGCAGAAUUAAGUCGUAUGAAUGGAGGAGGAGGAGGCCUGUCUCCCCCUCAGACCUCUUCCCACCCUGGUGGUGGGGUUUUGGGUCGAGUGGCGGCUGUCUGCCCCUACAUCCAGGUUCCAGCUGAGGGGAGACAGGAGGCAGGGUACCCCCUGCCAGCUGAUCCACCACCCAAACCCACCCCACUCAGCCACACCCGCUCCCUCUCAGCUAAUGAAGCAUCAUGGCCUAGCAUCAGUAAGAGUGUGUCAGAUUGGAGGACCAACAGUCCAGAACAGCUUCCCUCUGGUUAUGGUACCUACCCCAGUGCCACCCACCAGGCGGCAGGGCAUCACUGUGUCACCAGCUCCCUGCCCCGUUCUGCCCCUGGUACACUGGGCUGGCCUCGAUCUAGCGCUGCCAACGCCACGUCAUCCUCCUCGUCAUCAUCCUCCUCCUCACAGCAAAUACAACAGCGUAUCUCCGUACCUCCCAACUCAAGCCAAGGCUCUGCCACCACCUCCCAGCCCGCCCCACUGUCCCCACAAACAGAGCGAACAGAUCCCCCUCCAGCAGUGGCCGUACGCCCCUAUGUCCCGGACCAUCCCUCCAGGCCCCAGUCCCCCAGGAAGGGUCCUGCCACUAUGAACAGCAGCUCCAUCUACAGCAUGUACCUCCAGCAGCCUCAGGCCAAAAACUAUGGAUCUCUUAGCAACAGAGCUACUGUCAAAGCUGUCUAUGGUAAACCCAUCCUCCCCAGCUCCUCCACCUCUCCGUCUCCUGUCCCCUUCCUCCAGGGAGGAGGAGGAGGAGUAAGAGCAGGAGGAGAAGAUGUAACAGAUAAAGAUGGAGGAAAAGGAGGAGGAGAAAGCAGCGAUGGGCAAAUCAUCCCCCCACCAAGUGUAGAUAACAUCCCUCGUCCCCUCAGUCCCACAAAGCUCACCCCAGUUGCCCAUUCCCAGCUCCGUUACCAGAGUGAUGCUGACCUGGAAGUUCUCCGCCGACGGCUCAGCAAUGCUCCACGACCCCUGAAGAAACGGAGCUCAAUUACUGAACCUGAGGGUCCACAGGGGCCAAACAUUCAAAAACUACUGUACCAGAGGUUUAACACACUGGCAGGAGGCAUGGAAGGAGGCUCAGGUAGCACUUUCUACCAGCCCGACUGCCUUUUGGGAGACAUGGACAACAUCCAUUCAGCCAAUGGGAAUGUAGAACCUGGCGACAAGCACGUCAGUAUGGCAGCUGUGGAGGGUGAAGUUCAAAACCUGAACUUGGAUGCCCGACGCUUGUCCCCACCUUCUGUUGCCAUAGAAGCAUCCAAAGAGACAGCGGCAGCAGCAGAAGCUGCCAAUAAUGUGUCUCUGUCAACACAACCCAGCCCUUCCCCUGCAUCUGAUAGGCCAGAGGACCAGAACAAUAACAACCAUAGAGGAUCUAGUCCCGGCCAUAACUCUGUAGGCCACGCUCCUCCAUCACCUACACCACCUUCACCGCCCAAGGUGAAGAGAACCAACCUGAAGAAGCCAUCAUCAGAGCGGACAGGCCACGGUCUCCGAGUCAAGUUUAACCCUCUAGCUCUGCUUCUGGAUGCAUCAUUAGAGGGAGAAUUUGAUCUGGUGCAAAGAAUUAUAUAUGAGGUGGAAAAUCCCAGUAUGCCCAAUGAUGAAGGCAUAACUCCUCUUCAUAACGCUGUCUGCGCUGGACAUCACCAUAUUGUCAAGUUUCUGCUGGACUUCGGAGUGAACGUAAAUGCAGCUGACAGUGACGGAUGGACUCCUCUGCACUGUGCGGCUUCAUGUAACAGCGUCCACCUCUGCAAGAUGCUGGUGGAGUCUGGGGCGGCCAUUUUCGCCACAACAAUUAGUGACGUUGAAACAGCAGCAGACAAAUGUGAAGAAAUGGAGGAGGGCUACACACAGUGUUCUCAGUUUCUCUAUGGUGUACAGGAAAAGUUGGGUGUGAUGAACAAAGGCUUGGUCUACGCUCUCUGGGACUACACGGCCCAGCAGGCUGAUGAGCUGUCCUUCAGUGAGGGCGACGCCAUCACUGUGCUGCGUCGACGUGACGAGACUGAGACAGACUGGUGGUGGGCACGACUCCAUGACAGGGAGGGAUAUGUACCCAGGAACCUGCUGGGGCUGUAUCCAAGGAUCAAACCCAGACAACGCUCACUGGCAUAAAGCCCAGAUAAGGAGCCAUGUGCACGCUUGCAGAGGGCGCAUGCACACGGAGAGGAUGAGGAGCAGAAUCAGCAUGAAGGCGAGUGUGUUAGUAAAGAAAGAAGGAAGAAAAGAUGGAGGCUGAGAGAGGGAAGAAAGAAAGAAAAGAGACAAAGAUGGAGCUCAAAGUUUUGAUGAACUUUUUUUCUUGGUUUGUUUGGAUGUAAGGCUGGAACCACAGAGCCAUGUUAUGGUAGAACCAUUAUAUACUUUCAUUGAGUUGCUGCAGAGUUAUUGGAAAUUGCCUGAAUCUUAUUUUGAGCAACAGUAGCUUGACGACGUCACUCAAGUUCAGCCGCAUGACAGAAGCUGAAUAGAAAAAGAAAAUCACCAAAAAUUCCUUAUCUUUUGGAUGCAGCUUCAAGACCCACUUCAGUUCACUUAGCUCAGAAGAAACAUGAUACCAUGAGCUUGGAAUUAUAAGGCCUCAGCUGACAUUUAUCCAAAUAAUCUUGAUCUUUGAACGUCACUUUAUUUUGUAUGGUAAAAAAAACACCCAGUUGGAGCUUCAUAAAGCCAAGCUAGCAUAGCAAAAGGAUGUGUUUUUUCUCAAUGGCAGUGAACAUAGUAUAUUGUGAGAACACUUGCUCACUGAGCUGUGUGAGGAUUUUAAAUGCAGUGAAUUUAGAUCAGGUGAAAGUAUGUGUGAGAUCUGAAAUUUGAAAGUGAGGUUGGAGAGAGGGAAGUGAGAAGAGAGAACAGAAGAAUGUGUGUUAAAGCAAGUCAGGUUUUGUCUGUACUGUUGUUAGCAACGUUUGUCAGAAGAAAAAAAAAGAAGUUGGAAAUGCAGCCAUGAGACUAAAUCCAGCGAGCAUAUGAUGCAUGGUAGCCGAGACUCGCAUCAACCCACACAAGCACCAGAUGUUCACAGUAGAAUAUUAUGGCAUGAUUUUUGAAAAAAAGUUUUGAACUGAUAUCACAAGAAUAUUUUGGUUCUGAUUUCACAAACUGAUAUAAAAAGCAUCUGUGAACCAUUACAGAUGUCUCAGCCUUUUUGUAUUUUGCAUUUAUCUUGACUCAGUGCUGGUGCAUGCUGUCAUAUCAACAUCUGUUCAACUGCAGAAUGGUUGUUGCUGGUAAAACAGGACAGAGGAAGGAAAACAGAAUGUAUGUGGAACAUGUUUGUGAAAUAAAAAUAUAGUUGUGAAACCAAAGUAUGUUAAAAAAAAUGUUUAAAGGUGUGGGAGGAGGGUAAGGAAUUGAACGGACAAUAAUUUUCAUAUAUGUGAUAAAAUCUUUGCUACUCUUUACACAUUUCCACACAAAAUUUGGUCCAGACUAGAACCUUGUUCACACUGGUCCUAAUCCUGGUGCAAAACUCGUACCAGGCUCUAAAACUAACAAUUAGAGGAAGCAGUGUUUUCCAUCUGCCAAAAACUCAGCAUUUAAAGAUUCAGUAAUCAUCAGUCUAUUGUUAAAUUACCAGAUAAAAGUGUUUAUAUUGAACACUCUGAACAAUGUCUUAAAAAUAAAAUCAAAAGUUGUUAUUGCAAACCCAGUUUCAUCCUGGCACAUUUAAACAAGCCAGAGCUUAGAGGGUUGAUCAUUUAUAAUAUACAUACAUACACUUUAUCCCUGGGUUAACCGGUGUAGUAUUCAAAUGGGGCUAAAUUAGCCCAGAGUGAAUGACGUCUGAAGUGUGAACACAACUUGACUUUUUCUCAAGUGUCAUCUCUCAUUUUAUUUUAUUUUUUCAUAUUUACACAUUUCAUCAGUUGUAUUCAAUGUGUUGUUACCAUGAUUUUUUGUUUUAUUUAAAACAAACCAUUGCUUUUCUAUUAUUAUUAUUAUUAUUAAUAAUAAUAUUAUUAUCGUUGUUAUUAUUAUUACUAGGACACACUGCUCUCUUUUCUUUCUGUCAGUGCUGGCACCACUCACUGCUGCCACCCAGUGUACAGGAAGGUUAUGACACAAAAUAAAGCGUCAUUUCCUUUAACACAUGCUGUGUAAAAUAUGAAGCAAUAAAUUGAGUUUGAUGUUUGAUGUGAGACUGGCACAUUGUUCUGAGGAGUGUGUACCAUUAUUUUGUGUAUAUGCAACCUGUAACUAUACAGCUAAUGUACAAUAAUAAUAAAGAAAUUAUAAUCCCUACAGAGAAUCAAA